GAAAGACAUAAAACCAAUAGCUAUAGUAAUAUAAGCGAUAUAAGCGGUUACUCGACGCGUACUUUCAUUCACGAAAAGUCGACACUUAUUGUAGAGGCAAACGAAAGCGGAUCUCUUAAACAUUAUGUAAUACCCAUGAGUUUGGCCAACAAAAAUAAAUGGAGACGAAAGGGAGUUAAACUGCACUCAUAUAAUGACCACUUAUUUGUGGCCAAACAUCUAUCCGGAUCAAUCACUUGUCAGGUUUGCGACAAACUUUUCUCAAGAAGACCGGGAAAACAAGGCUAUCAGUGCAGA